CACUCACUCACUCACUCACUCACUCCACCUUCCAGCUCCAACGUUUCCCUUCGUUUCUCGAACCCGAAAGAAAUACCCCCAAGGCCUCCAAAAUAAACAAGGCUCAAAAUGCCCAAGCGGAAACUAUCAGACCUUGCCGACCGCCCAGCAUCGCGCUCGUCACCAUCCCCGCAAGACGCCGCGCUCUAUCUCCAGACUACCCGGUUAACCCAGAAAUUCGAGUUCGGGGUGAUUGCGCUCUCACGGGCACUCAAGAAUGCCCGUGUAUUCGAAAGACAGAAACUCGGUCGGAGGGAAAAGGCAGCCAAGAGCGAAGGGAAAGAAGAGACGUUGAAGCGCAUAGAGGAGGAGAUUAAGGUGGUGAAGACUCUCGAUCCUACCGCCACCGCGGUAAAAUAUCUGUUCAAGCAGCUUGCGAAAACAAAGCGGAUUGCUGAGGCGCCUGCGUUUGUGAAGUUUCAGGAAGGGAAGAGAAUAUCCGUCGAGGGUCCGCGGAGUACAGCGGAAGCCAACGUUACGGCACGACUGUAUAAAUCCAACCCGGUGCAAAAUGUCUUCCCUGGGGUCAUGGAUGGGAUCCGAAGUCUACUGGGAGUGGAAGCACCGUCAACGAGCAACGGCCAGGACGUGAAGAAAAAGACCAAGGACUCGAAAAAGGGCAAUGCAAAGAGUGAAAAGCCCGUGCCUCAGCGGAAAGCCCCCAGCAACAAGUCGGAUGAGGAACUCGAGCCCGAAGCGGAACCCGAACACGCAGCAGACCUGGCUAGACACGACGUCGACAUGGAUGAUUUGGAGAGUAUGGGUGAUGGAGAAGAAGACUAUGCACAGUUCGAUGCUCGACUGGCCUCGGAUUCUGAAGACGACGACGAUGACAACAACGACAACAACAACCACUCAGACAGCAGUAUAGCUCUCGCCGCCAACUCGAACGCCCGUCCUCGCCGCUCGAUGUCCAUCUCUCUCUCCCCUUCACCUGAACUCUCGGACUCGCCACCCUCCAAAAAACAAAAGUCUAAACCCAGCGCCCAGAAAGCAUCUUCCGCGCCAGCCACAAGCACAACCUUCCUCCCAUCGCUCACGAUGGGCGGGUAUUGGUCCGGUUCCGAGUCCGAAGCAGAAGACAUCGACCACGUGGAGAAACCAGCGCAGCGUAAGAACCGAAUGGGCCAGCAGGCGCGCCGUGCACUCUGGGAGAAGAAGUACGGGUCUGGGGCAAACCACCUGAAACAGCAGAAAACCAAGGGCAGGAAUAGCCGAGAUAACGGCUGGGAUGCCCGCAAGGGAGCCACCGGCGAUGGAGAUAGAGGAAGAGGAAGAGGGGGGAGAUUUGGCGCAGGGCGAGGAGGUCCCGUGGGCACAGGAAGCAACCUAGUCCAACGCAGAGACAAUACACAGCGUGGUGGGUUUGGCGGUGCGGACAAGAAACCCCAGGAUGACAAGCCAUUGCAUCCUUCAUGGGAGGCAGCCCGGAAGGCCAAAGAGCAGAAAUCCACGACUUCAUUCUCAGGAAAGAAGGUUGUGUUUGACUAAGAUAAUUUUGCAUUCUAAGUGAGGGUGGGAAAAAAAAAACAAAACAAACCUGGUGUAUAAAGCGAAUCGGAUCCUAUCAUGAUUAUAUAU